AUGAACAUCUUCAGGCUUUUGGCUGAUUUUUCGCACCUCGCGUCCAUCUUUAUUCUUCUACAUAAAAUGAAGUCGUCUAGUAGCUGUUCUGGACUGUCAUUCAAAUCACAGGCUUUGUAUUUGAUGGUUUUUGUGACUCGCUAUCUUGAUCUCUUCUGGGCCUUUUCCGAAUCUCUAUACAACACGACUUUCAAGAUACUGUUCAUUGGCUCAUCAGCCUAUAUCAUCUAUCUCAUGCUUAAUGACUAUAAACCCACACAUGAUCCGAAUAUCGAUACAUUCAAAGUCCAAUACCUCCUCGGGAUUGGUGCUUUGCUAGCUCUUCUCUUCCCACAUGACUAUAGUUUCUCCGAAAUUCUCUGGACGUUCUCGAUUUGGCUUGAAUCUGUUGCCAUCCUACCUCAGCUCUUCAUGCUUCAACGUACCGGCGAGGCAGAUACUAUAACAACUCACUACCUAUUUGCAUUGGGUCUAUACCGCGCCCUCUACAUACCUAAUUGGAUCUAUCGCUAUUUCGCGGAAAGCUACUUUCAGCCCGUCCCUGUUGUAGCAGGCAUCGUCCAAACACUUCUAUACUCGGAUUUCUUUUAUAUCUAUUAUACCAAGGUCAUGAAAGGAAAGAAGUUCUCACUUCCGGUCUAACCGUCGGUGUAAUCCAUUUUCAGGAGGGCUUGGGAGCAGCGAUCAAUAUACUUUCUUUCUUUUUCUUUUUCUACAAUUAUUAUAGUUGUGUGGUGUACCUCAAAUCGUUUCAAGACGCUAGGCUACGUUUCAGUUUUGAUGGAUUUUGCUUGUUUGUACAAUAAAAGAUUUUCUACUCUUGACAGUUUCGAAUAACCAUGUCAGAGCUGGGUCGUGGUCAAGCCGAUCCGAAAAUGCCUGCCGCUUCAAUCGUAAUGGAACCGGAG